AUGGGACUGGCGAUGGUUUUGCAUCAGACUUUGUGCGCUGCAACUUUGGGUCUUCGACUGGCACGUGUGGCUCAUUCUCGGAAAACCCAAUGCUAUGCUAUUGUGAUACUGAUUGGUUACCUUAUUCUCGUUCCCAUCGGAACAACAUUAGGUCUUAGUCUGCAUUACAAUUCGGCUCGGAUCCCCAACCCCUUUCCCUGUGUCAAUUCUAGUUCGAUUUGUGACGUAGCCAAUCUAACCGAAGAUGCUCAUCUCUCCGACGACUUGCGCAUGAGUGUUUUGAUGUCAGUAUUCCAAAAUUUUGCCGCAUCCGCUUUUCUCUAUGUGGUAUUCAUGGAAAUGUUGCCGUCUGAACUGUCUGCCAGCGCUUCUCCAGGAGUAAGCUGUCACAUGACAAACGGCGGUGGUGGUGGAGGUGGCGCUGAUGCAUUUAGUACCAAGCAUCAGAAACACACUUUGAUCAGUUGUCUGUGUGCCUUCUUGGGAUUCGGAUUUGUGGCUAUGUUACGAAUAUUCCACCAGCAUCAUCCCGGCUAG